CCCACGACUCCCUUUCACGUACUUUCUUUUCUCUUCUAUAUCUCUCUGUCUCUCUCUCUCUUACUCUCUCAGCAGUUCUUCAACUGUAGAAAGAUAUUCAGGGAUGGCUGAGGAGGUCCAAAAGCAAUCCCAAGAACAAGUGGUGGUCGUCACUGAUGUUCCACAGCCUGAGAAACCUGCCCCGCCGGCGGUGGAGAAAGAGCUACCGACGGAGGACCCCAUGAAGCCCAAGCCCAUUGAAGAAGAGCCUGCUGUGGUGGAGACCGAGAUUUCAAAAUCCGGUGCUGAUGGCGAUGAGAAGAUCCCCCAGUCCGGUUCCUUCAAGGAAGAGAGCACCAGAGUUGCUGAUCUUCCUGACGCCGAGAAGAAGGCGCUUGAUGAGCUUAAGCUGCUUAUCCGAGAAGCGCUUAACAAGCGUGAGUUCACUGCUGUGCAGGCUUCGCCUCCUUCGCCGGCGAAAGAAGAGGAAGAGCAAAAGCCGGCGGCGGCGGAAGAAAUUGCACCCAAAGUGAUUGCUGACGAUGAUCCUCCGGUCGAAGCGGAAGAACCCACAAAGGCGGAAUCCGAGGCUUCGGUGGAAAUGAAGGCGGAGGCAGACGAUGAAGCGGCGGCGGAGAAAACAACUGAAACCGUGGUGGUUGCGGCGGUUGUUGAAGAGAAGGUGGCUGCUGAUGGUGUUGAUGACGACGGUGCAAAGACUGUGGAAGCCAUAGAGGAGACCAUUGUGGCGGUCUCUUCUUCAGUCUUGCAAGAGCAGCCUCCUCCACCUCCGGCGAAAGAUGAGGAGGAUCAGAAGGCUGCCUCUGCUUCUGCUACUGCUUCACCUCCAGAGGCGGAAGAACAAGAUGCCAAAGCCGACUCUUCCGCUCCUCUGCCGCCGGAGGAGGUAUCCAUCUGGGGAAUACCACUCCUCGCCGACGAGAGGACCGACGUCAUUCUCUUGAAGUUUCUCCGAGCAAGAGACUUCAAGGUGAAAGACGCGUUCGCCAUGAUCAAGAACACCGUGCGCUGGAGGAACGAAUUUGGGAUCGAUGAGUUGCUCGAAGAAGAAGAACAGGGUAGCGAUUUACAGAAGGUGGUUUUCAUGCACGGCUCCGACAAGGAAGGACACCCCGUCUGCUACAAUGUGUACGGAGAAUUCCAGAACAAGGAGAUGUACCAGAAAACAUUUUCCGACGAAGAGAAGAGGCAGAAAUUCUUGAAGUGGAGAAUUCAAUUCCUGGAAAGGAGUAUCCGGAAACUGGAUUUCAGCCCCGGUGGUGUUUGCACUAUUGUCCAGGUGAACGAUUUGAAGAAUUCUCCAGGGCCCGGUAAAUGGGGGCUUAGACAAGCAACCAAACAGGCCCUCCAAUUGCUCCAAGACAAUUACCCAGAAUUCGUAGCCAAACAGGUCUUUAUCAAUGUCCCUUGGUGGUACCUGGCGGUCAACAGAAUGAUAAGCCCUUUCCUCACCCAGAGGACCAAAAGCAAGUUUGUGUUUGCCGGCCCUUCCAAGUCUGCUGCGACCCUUUUGAGGUACAUUGCUGCUGAGCAAUUACCAGUCAAAUAUGGAGGACUGAGCAAAGAGGGUGAAUUUGGCACAACAGAUGCUGUUAAUGAGAUUACUGUCAGGCCUGCAGCAAAGCACACCGUGGAAUUUCCAGUUACUGAGUCCUGCCAUCUGACUUGGGAGGUAAGAGUAGUGGGAUGGGAAGUGAGCUACAGUGCAGAAUUUGUGCCAAGUGCUGAAGAUAGUUACACUGUGAUCAUACAAAAGGCUAGAAAAGUUGCCUCUUCUGCAGAACCAGUUGUCUGCAACAGUUUCAAAAUUGGUGAGCCUGGAAAGGUGGUGCUCACCAUUGAUAACCCCACCUCUAAGAAGAAAAAGCUCCUUUACCGCUUGAAGACCAAAUCUUCCUCUGAUUGAAUCAACAGAUUGUUAAGAGGAAAAGGGGAAAGAGAAACAACAGUAAGAUCACUCGGCCUACAAUCCUGAUUCCAAUUCUGUCUUCUUCAUCAUCAUCAUCAUCAGAGCUUGAAGAAUGGGGUUUCUUGAUCAUAGAUAGGGAAGCAAAUAUAUUUGUUGAGAGUGGCUUGUGUACCUUUUCCUUUUCUAUUUUUUUUUUUUUUUUUACCAGAACAUCUAAAUACAUUUUUGUGGUUCUUUAUUAAUUAUGAAUAUGUUAUUAUUUUUUUAAAUUUAAUUUGUAAUUUGGGUUGGCAUGUGAAAUACUACUGAUUUGGGGAACUUUAAUCUG